AUGGAACCUAUUUUGCAUAUCCAGGGCGAUGCUCAUUCGUCGUUAGCCCCGUUGAUCUUCAUUCAUGCAGUGUCCGGCCUGGCAUGGCCUUAUAUGGCGCUUGGCAACCUCAGCAACACAAGUGACCCGGCCAGGUCCCGACCAGUCUAUGGAAUCUCAUCACCAGUUUACAGUUUGGAGCUCCGGCCACAUGGCCCUUAUCUCCUAGGGGGCUGGUCCAUGGGCGGGAUGAUCGCUGUCAAGAUGGCGGAGAUCCUGCAAGCCGAGAAGGAGACCGUCCAGCAAGUCAUUCUCUUGGACUCCAUCAACCCAGAGAAAUAUCCGGCGUUCGUUAAUGAGGAAGAGCACCGCAUCAUCGCAGACGGAUUGUUCACAAACGUCUGUCAAGCGAUGGGAAUGGCAGAUCUUGCAGACAAUAGCGAUGAUGUAGACAACCGAUCAGAUGCCUCGGAGGCCAGCGACGACGGGAGUACUAUGAGUGAUGAGGAGGAGGAUGACAACCUGCAUCGUCUGUUUUCAACAAUGCGCCGCCACAUUCAUGCCAGCACUCUCUCCAUUGCUAGCACCGAGCCCGGCAAGCUGCUACCGCCAAACAGCGUCUGUCAUACCAGUGUGACUUUAGUCAAAUGUACAGAAUUGUCUGAGACUGUUCCCGCGCUAUUUUCUGCCCGGCAACGGUGCAUCCGAAGAUGUGCUCUGCACCCCACCCUGCAGUGGAGGCCGCAGAACUUCGAUCGAUUUCGCACGCUGUUGAUCGACGCACGGCACGAUAGUUUAUUCGAUGAGGAACACGUGGAGGAGGUGACCAGCAUGCUUAGACAGAUCCUAGAGUCUUGCUAG